AUGCCCAAUCUCGAGUCCGUCGGACCAAUGGUCCGUGUCCAAGGCUCGUACGCCGAAUCCUUGGGCCUGGCGGACCCGAGCCUCGUAAUCUCGCUCUUCCAGGUCAAGGCCGGGUAUGAGUUUGUGUUUCCGAAGCUUGGGUUUGUCGAUGGGCAGUUGUACGUCAAUGCGGAUUUAGCAAGGCGCGUUUCCUUCUUUUCUUUUCCGCCAACUCUAUGA